GGCUGAGCGCCGCUUCCUCUUCAAGCUGGAUGCGUGCCUGCUCACCUAUGCUGCGCUAUCGUACUUCAGCAAGUACCUGGACCAGCAGAACAUAACGAACGCCUAUGUCUCGGGUAUGCAAGAAGAUCUCGGACUGUAAGAUGCGCCACUACCAGUGGAAGUACGCUGGCUUACCGAGGUGCAGGCAUGGGAACCAGCUCAACUACAUCACGACGGCUUGGACAUGCGGCUACGUCCUAGGACAAAUCCCAUCGAACAUGCUCAUCACGAGGAUACGACCCUCGAUAUGGAUACCCGCCAUGGAAGUGAUUUGGAGCGCGUUGACGAUGGUCCUAGCGAGCGCAAAGAACUUUGAGACGCUCAUCGUAGUGCGGUUCUUCGUUGGUCUUGCGGAGUCGACUUUCUAUCCUGCCAUCCAAUACGUCAUUGGCAGUUGGUAUAAGCCCGAGGAGCUAGGAAAACGCGCGUGCAUAUUCCAUACUGCAAGUGCAUUAGGACCUAUGUUCAGCGGCUUCCUACAGACAGGCGCAUACAACGGCCUGAAUGGCGUCCAUGGUCUUGCGGGCUGGAAAUGGCUUUUCAUCAUCGACGGGAUCAUCACGAUACCCAUCGCUUUGCUCGGAUUCUUGAUCAUGCCUGAUCUUCCUUCCAACACUCGUCCGUCGAUGUUCUACACCCAAGAACAGAUCGACAUCGGCAAGAAACGCAUGGCCGAUAUCGGAAGGAAGCCCCCUGCGCCGUUCACGCGGAAAAAGGUCAUCGGUUUCUUCACGACUUGGCAUAUCUGGACUCUCGUGCCGCUAUAUAUCCUGUUCAACAACGGAGGAGGCGCCGCUAACUCCAUGAUCUUUUGGCUGAAGAGCUUCAACACACGGGCCGGGCAUCAAGUGUACACUGUAGGGCAGAUCAACACUUAUCCGCUCGGGAUUCAGGCCACCCAGGUAGUCACUACGCUAAUCUACGCUUGGUGGUCGGAUAUCGUCGGAGCCAGGUGGCCCCCCAUGAUCUUCGCUGGAACAUGGAGCAUGAUCACAUGCAUAGUUCUCGCUGCAACACCUUUAUACACGCAUAUUACACGACGUUGGGUCUUCUACUACUUCACCGGAUGCAACGGGGGUCUAUCCGGUCUCAUCCUCGCAUGGGCAAACGAGUUGAACGGUCACGACAACGAAAAGAGGUCCUUCGUCGUGGCGAGCUGCAACAUGUUCGCAUACGUGAUGCAGGCAUGGUUGCCUAUUGUCAUCUUCCCGCAGGUCGAGCAGCCACGCGUGUUCAAAGGAAACGUCGCGACCGCAUGCAUCAACUUCUCCAUGAUGGUGUUCGCGAUGGCGACGUACUGGCUGUCGCGGCGGGACCAGCGCGCCGCGCGGAAGCACAGCGAGAGCAUCCCCGGAAGCGACGUCUCGGACGACAUCGUGCUCGAGGAUGAGCUCGACCCCGACCUCAAGAAGCCGAUCACGCCCGUGGAUUCCACAGUGCUGGCGACGCUCGAGCACCGGCACCCCGCAGGCCACGUUGCUGCAUGA